AUGCAUUCCAAUAUCAGAGCCCUCAUUCUUUACCUGUUGACUUCCGCAGUCACUGCAUCUCCAGCACCCACCCAAACUAAACCCCAAAUCACCAUCGCACCUCGUCAACCCAGCACAACAGAAGCACCGCAAGGCUGGUUCACCACCACCAAAAAUAUUGCUACCAUCGGCGGUACAACAGAUCAAUACUAUACGAUCCCCGCCCAGACUAUUCAAAUCGUCAUUCCAACAUGCGUUCAAACAUACGAAUCCGACGAGAAUGGCUACCUUCCUCCAGGAACAUGUAAUGCCCACUGGAACUACUACCCCAGCUUCUCUGCGGCUGCAGCCUUUGCGGUGCUGUUUGCUAUCCUGACGGGUGCCCAUAUUUGGCAGGCUGCUAGAUACAAAAAGUCUUGGUGUUGGGUUAUCAUCAUGGCGGGCAUCUGGGAAACAACAGCUUUCACGUUUCGCGCGAUAAGCACAAAACAUCAACAAAGUAUCGGCGUUUUACUCGUUUUUCAGAUAUUCAUCCUUCUUGCACCUAUUUGGGUUAAUGCAUACGCUUACAUGACACUCGGCCGAAUGGUCUACUACUUUGUCCCCGACAACUCCCUCCUAGGCAUGCCAGCCGUCACUUUAGCCGCCCUCUUUGUUGGUCUGGAUAUUGUAUCUUUCAUCAUCCAGCUCAUUGGUGGCAGCUUGGCUGGUCCCGGUUCACCUCCGGAAGAGCAAUUGAAGGCCAUACACAUUUACAUGGGCGGCAUUGGUCUUCAAGAGUUCUUUAUCGUCAUUUUCAUCAUUCUCUGCAUUGCCUUCCAGAGAAAAAUGCACGAGGUUCGAUUUGAGAAGGGUAUCAAGGCCUUUACCGCGUCAGACUGGGGCAAGCUUCUUUGCGCGCUUUACUUUUCUCUAGCCAUGAUCUCUGUACGCAUCAUUUAUCGUCUCAUUGAGUUCUCUGGUGGUCACGGUCAGGAUAACUCCCUUGUGACACACGAGGUUUACUUUUAUGUCCUUGAAGCGGUUCCCAUGCUUCUGGCUUUAUUGGCGUUCAAUAUUGUUCAUCCUGGGAGAAUCAUGCAAGGUCCUCUUUCGGACAUGCCUGGGCUGUUUUCAUUCAUUAAGGAUAAGAUGCGAGGACGAAAGGGGAAGCAGUUGCUGGAUGAUCAGAGUGACAAUAAUGUCGAGAUGGGACAUCGCUACGAGCCGACUAGAGCGACUGAUACUAAAGUUGGAGAGCCGUCGCGGUAG